CCGCCCAUAUAAAAGAUUCUUAAAGUUUUAUAUAUUUCCUAAUACAGGAGUGCAUUCUAUAAAAUCAAUUUCCACUUUCAAGCCAUGCCUAUUUUUUCAUAUGCCUUGUGCCAUAGAUAUUAGAGAAAAGAUCCUGCGUGUAUGUACCUCUUCCUUUCUUAUAAGACCCUAGAGCAGACCAGACAACAAUAACUGUAAUAAAUGCAGUGACUUGUGAGGUAUUAAGGAAAUAUAAUACAUUCCUCUAGUUCUUUAAAUCCGAGUCUAAAUCCAAAAGGUCAACCUCACAGUCUGAGCCCCACCCUGAUUUAUGAGCCCCACCCGAAAAGCUUGUGCCGUAUUACUUUAAAUUUUAAGCAAACCACGCCUUUUGAUAAAAUUUGAAAUUCUGAACUAAACACGUGGUAGCAUGUGUUUAGUGAUGGACAGUAUUAUAAAAGAUAUGCUGAGUGUAAUGGAGACACACGUUGACUUUGAGAGACUAUUAGAAGAAUUAGUAUCAGAAGCAACCAAUCUUCCUGAUAUAUCACAAGGUUGGUCUGAUGGUUUGAGACGAGCGAUAGAUCAUCAAGCAAUGAGUCUGUCUCAGUCUCCAGAGACAUUUGGUACAUGGCUACUGAUUAAUAAACUAAAAGAAACAAAUGAUGAUAAGGUGAUUGAUGGGAUAAUUAGUGUGGGCGUAUUCUUACGAGAUUUGAUGUAUAUUAAUUAAAAUAUUAUUUUCUCUCUCAGUAUAUUUCAUUUAUUAGUUUAUACAGUAUAUUUAAAUUACAUACAGCUGGACUAGUAUUAAUACAUGAAAUAUUCUCCAAAUACUGAUGUUGAUGAUGGAGGUCUGACAGUCUCUGGUAACAACAAUGAUCCAAUUACCAACGGCUUCCCGACAAA